AUUUUCGUUUUCUCUUUUGUGUGGUUUGGGAAUAAUGGACUGUCACAAUGUAGACGAAGAAGACGAGAUCUCUUUGAAAUGUUGACAACAUAACCUAGAAAUUAGAAAUGUAAUAACCUAUAAAUAUAUAGAACGUGGAAAUUGUGUUUCCUAUAAGAAGUUGUAAAAAAAUAUUAAUAAAGUGCCAUAAAAAAUGAAGAAAAAAUUGAAUACUGAUGUUCAAGAGAGUCCACCUCAGAAAAAAACUAAAUUAAGUAAAGCAGCACCUGAUGGUGAAGAAAAAGCUGUGCAAAAACAAAAUAAGCCGUUAAGCAAAACAUCAAAAUUUACCAAAACUAACAAGGGAGAUCCUACGAAUAUCAAAGAAGCUAAGUUAAAAACCUUUUCUGCAAACAGUAAAGAAAAAGUCAAUAAACAAGGUCAAAAACCGGAGAAGGUGGAAGAUUGGUCCGAAUUCAAGAAGAAAAAGAAAGAACUAAAACUGAAACGCAAGCAAACAAAAAACAGUUUUGAUGUUAUUGUUAGAGCUAAAAAGAUAGGGGAAGACUUGAGAAGGAAAUCGUUAAAAGGAGGAGAAGAAAAACGAACUCAACUCAUAAAUGAAUUGCACAAUAUUCUGAAAGGCAAGGAACAUUAUGCUAAGUUCGUUUUGGCACAUGACACUGCGAGAUUGGUGCAAUGGUUACUGAAGUAUGCAUCCGAUAUUGUAAUACAGCAAAUCUCAAAGGAACUGAUACCCGUUACUGUGGAAAUGCUACAAUCGAAAUAUGGUAUCUACUGCGUAAAACGUUUACUGAAAUACGGAAGCAACGAGACUAGAUCACAAGUCAUAGAUGCUAUGUACGGUCAUGCCGUGAAACUAGCAAGCCACGCCGUUAGCGCACCAGUAGUAGAAUACGCCUUCUCGACAUGGGCAAGUCCAAUACAGAAGCAGAACCUCAUCCAAGAAUUCUACGGUGACUUGUACAAAAAUUCGAAGGACGCUAAUGUUAAACACCUUCGGGACACCUACAAAGACAACGAGAGCUUGAAAAUGGGAACUUUGGGGGCGACUAAAGCAAAUUUAAUGAGGAUUUUGAACAAAACGCUGUUAGAUUCGGGAUUGGUGCAGUCAGUGUUGUGUCAGUUUUUAACGGAAUGUUCGGACGACGACAGGAAAGAACUGAUUAUGCAGUUGGCACCCCAUAUCGUUGUUAUUAGUAAUAGUAAGGAUGGAGCUAGGGCUGCCAUGCAGUGUAUUUGGCACGGUACAAAUAAAGACAGAAAGGUUAUUAUGAAAAGUUUAAAAGAGCAUCUAGUUGAAUUAUCGAAACAUGAACAUGGUCAUUGCACAAUCAUCGCUCUCUUAGAUUCGGCCGAUGAUACCGUCUUGUUGCAGAAAGUUAUACUUACAGAAAUAUUGAAGAACGCUAAAGACUUGGCAGUUAGCGAGUGGGGUAGAAAGGUUCUUCUUUGGUUGGUAGCUCCUGCUGAUUCCACGAAAUUUCACCCUGUGUUCAUUAAGGAGUUGAACCAAGGACGGGAAUUGUCGACUUGUAAGAAAUCACCAGACGUCAGACGAAAGGAAAUAUUAGGGUACGCUAUAUCUACUUUAUUAGAUCUAGUAACGAACGAUGCCGAGUUUUGGCUGUCAAAUGCAUCGUUGGCCACGGAAAUGAGCGCUAUUGUUAAAGCGGGUAGCGGGGCCGAUCUAGAAAAAGCAUAUAACAGCAUCGUGGACGUAAUAACAAAUUUGGAGUGGAAAAUAAAAGAGAAAGAAAACGAUAUCUUUGGUGUAGAACAUUCUGGGUUACACAUGACUUUAAAGAAACUGGCACAACAUGAUAAAGUGAACGUAGAGAAUGGAAAUUCAACCUUCGGUGGUGUAUUAGCCGGAAAGUUGAACGACGAAGUGUUAACGACUUGGAUAGAAUUAAAUAGAGGAUGUUUUCUUCUGGUCGCGGUCUUCGAAAAUGGUUCCGAGGAAACGAAAACUGUUUUGAAGGAUAAAUUAAAAAAAUAUGUCAAGAAGUUGAAAGAUCUAAGUAGUAGCGGAGCCAAAGUUCUACUCAAAAAGUUGGAAUAAAGAGUUAAUUUAAGGUUCUAUAUGUUAUAAUAAACAGUUAAUACAAAUGUAAUUUUUGA